UUUUCUCCGUCACCUUCUUCUGCGUUUUGUUGUGCCAACUAAAAACAGACGAAAGCAUCUCGCCGGAACAACGAGGGGAGAGAGAAGAGAAGAGAAGAGAGAAAGGCUUUUUCUUCUUCGCCUCGAUCUCAGGACUUCUUCCAUGAACCGUCUGCAUCUGCAUUUGAAGAUUUAAAAACGGUAAAACCAAAAGUUUCAAUCUCCCGUUCUUGAAAUGAUGACUGUUCCUCAAAGAUUCCCAACUAGGUAACGAGCGUUUUGCGGAUCCAAUGUGGAGCUUUGCGUCAAACGUGAUUGGCAGCAUAGGUGGUCUAAAGAAAGACCACCCUCCUCCUCCUCAACCCUCCCAUUGCUCAGACGACGAGGACGACGAGGUUUCUAACGUUAGCAGAGACGAGGAAGAAGAAGAACAAGGACUAGACUGUCCCAUUUGCUUUGAAUCAUUCAACAUCGUCGAGAACGUCCCUUACGUCUUAUGGUGCGGCCACACUCUCUGCCAGAACUGCGUCUUCUCCCUCCGCCCUCCUGUCCUCGUGACGCUCUCAGGUCGAGACGUCAGUCUCCCUUUCUUAGUCUCCUGCCCAUGGUGUCAGCUUCUUUCCUUCAGGGUUGUCUACGACGGCGUCCUCAAGUUCCCUAAGAAGAAUUUCUUCCUUCUCUGGAUGGUUGAGUCUCUCAACGGUGACAGGUCCAGAAGACAUGGUACUGUUAGUGAUGAUAACCACCAAUACUGCAAUAACAAUCUGAUUGCAAGGCCUCCUGUUGUUGUUGUUGGGAGGAGGGAACCAAGCAGCAGACAGCAGUUCUCGUUCCACAAGUCGAUUGAUUUCUUCAUCUCCUUCACCUCCAAGUUUCCUUUUGUGGUCGUUUUCCUUUUGAUUGUCUUCUUUGCUAUACCUGGCAGCCUCGUCGUUCUUGCUCUUUACUUCCUCCUCACCAUUCUUCUAGCCGUUCCUUCUGGUUUGGUUCUCUAUUUUGCCUACCCUAUUCUUGAAAGGUUGGUUCAUGAAAUAACUUCAUGAGAGUGAUGAGCUCACACCUCCUGUUUUUGAAACUUUUUUAGAUAUUGUUAAUGAUUUGCAAGCUUGGGAAUUGUAAUUUGUGGUUUUUGAGUUUUUUAAUUUACUGUUAUAUGGCAACUUUGGUUUUGCAGAUUUGUGACUUAUUAAUUGAUGAUUGAUUGAUCA